UUCAUAAACAGCUAGUCAACCACCUCGGUAGCUUGCUAGCCAACAUAGCCGACAGAUUCAAGCUAUUUAUACGAUUUCGGUCUACAUUAGCUACUGUGUUUUAGACACACGUCUGUCGUAUCUAAUUGUUAACCUAUUUAAUUUAAUAUUACGUUAUUUUGUAUUAGUCAGCUAUAGUAGCUGGCUGGUUAAGUUAGCACUAGCCUAGUUGCUAUUGAUAGCUAGCUAGCUAAAAUCCCCGAACAUGAGCUCACUAAACUACUCCCCUCUUGUUAAAGAAGAGGUCUGCUGGACGGAGAACGAAGCUCUGGGGCUGAACAUUGUCGUUAAAGAGGAGAAGGAAGAAGAGGAUGUCACAGUAAAACAAGAAGUAGAGGGUGAGACUGUUACCGUGAAAGAAGUAGAGAAAGACGUUUCAGUGAAAGAAGAGGAAGACGCGUUCAGAGUGAAAGAGGAGGAGGGUGUUACAGUAAAAGAAGAGAAAGAGGAGGAUGUAGUUUUUGGAGUGAAGAAGGAAGGGGAGAUUACUGUCACAUUGAAAGAUGAAGAGGAGGAGAUAGGACAUCUGAUUAACACCAGAGAGAGACGGGACUACCGUGGGUCCUCUGGGGAGCCUCAACAACCUCAUGAUGCUGACGAGGAAGAGAAGAGGCUCCCCAGAUCAAAACACCUCAAGAAACACCAGCGGAGACCCACAGGGAAGAAAUCUCAUUGCUGCUCUGACUGUGGGAAACAUUGCAAGUCUUCAUCAGAACUUAAAAUACACCAGCGAGUACACACAGGAGAGAAAUCUUAUAGCUGUACUCAAUGUGGGAAGAGUUACAUAAGAUCAAAAUCACUAAAAGUACACAUGAGAAUUCACACAGGAGAAAAAGCUUAUAGCUGUGAUCAAUGUGGGAAGAGUUUUACUACGUCUAGCUAUCUGACUAUACACCAGAGAACACAUACAGGAGAGAAACCGUAUAGCUGUACUCAAUGUGGAAAGAGUUUUACUCAUUCAAGCAACCUGUUAUCACACCAGAGAAAACACACAGGAGAGAAAUCUUAUAGCUGUGAUCAAUGUGGGAAGAGUUUUACUCAGUCAAGCAACCUGGUAUCACACCAGAGAACACACACAGGAGAGAAACCUUAUAGCUGUGAUCAAUGUGGGAAGAGUUUUACUACGUCUAGCCAUCUGAUUGUACACCAGAGAACACACACAGGAGAGAAACCUUAUAGUUGUACUCAAUGUGGGAAGAGAUUUACUCACUUAAGCAGCCUGGUAUCACACAAGAGAAAACAUACAGGAGAGAAACCUUAUAGCUGUGAUCAAUGUGGGAUGAGUUUUACUACAUCUAGCCAUCGGAUUGUACACCAGAGAAUACACACAGGAGAGAAAUCUUAUAGCUGUACUCAAUGUGGGAAGAGUUUUACUCACUUAAGCAGCCUGGUAUCACACCAGAGAACACACACAGGAGAGAAAUCGUAUAGCUGUAAUCAAUGUGGGAAGAGUUUUGUUACAUCUAGCCAUCUGACUAUACACCAGAGAACACACACAGGAGAGAAGUCUCAUAGCUGUGAUCAAUGUGACAAGAGAUACUCUGAUAAAAGGUCUCUGAUCAAACAUCAGAAAAUACAUACAUGAAGGAGUUGUUUCAUGAUAUCAAUGAAAUAAUGUCACAAUGUAGAAUGUUUUAACAUUGUAGUAGGAGUAUUUUAAUGAUGUCACAAUGUAGACCACUAAUCGUUCACUCCCUGAUUUGAUUUAAGCAUGAUAUGGAUAUUGACCUCAAUGUAAAUUGUUUUGUACUUUGCUCCGUUCAUCUUUCCCUCGAUCCUGACUAGUCUGCCAGUCCCUGCCACUAAAAACAUCCCCACAGCAUGAUGCUGCUACCACCAUGCUUCACCGUAGGGAUCGUGUCUGGUUUCCUCCAGACGUGAUGCUUGGUAUUCAGGCCAAAGAGUUCAAUCUUGGUUUUAUCAGACCAGAGAAUCUUGUUUCUCAUGGUCUGAGAGGCCUUUUGGCAAACUCCAAGUGGGCUGUCAUGUGCCUUUUAUUGAGGAGUAGCUUCCGUCUGGCCACUCUAUCAUAAAGGCCUGAUUGGUGGAGUGCUGUAUAGAUGGUUGUCCUUUUGGAAGGUUCUCCCAUCUCCACAGAGGAACUCUGGAGCUCUGUCAUAGUGACCAGCAGGUUUCUGGUCACCUCCCUGAACAAGGCCCUUCUCUCCUGAUUGUUCUGUUUGAACGGGAGGUCAGCUCUAGUAUGAGUCCUGGUGGUUCCAAACGUCUUCCAUUUUAGACGUUUUGCUCUGACAUGAAUUUAUGGCAGGUGGACUCCAAUCAAGUUGUAGAAACAUCUCAAGGAUGAUUCAUGGAAACAGGAUGCACCUGAGCUCAAUUUUGAGUCUCAUAGCAAAGGGUCUAAAUACUUAUGUAAUUAAGGUAUUUCUGUUUUUCACUUUGUCAUUAUGGGGUAUUGUGAUGUGUUACGGGAUUUUUAUGAAUAAUGACUAAAAUAUGUAUACAUUUGACUUAGUAGUAUUCUGUUUAGUUAUAAUUAUAUGUUACUGUAUGGAUGAAUGAACCUAUGCAUCAUAAUGCUGAACAUAAUGUGUUCCUUGUUAGAAAGAAUGGAGUUAUCUUCAGACAGGCUGGAAGGCUGUGUUCUUACAGGAAAUUCUGUCUCUACCCAGGGAGGGGUGAGACCUUGGGCUGGUUGCAGAUUGUUUAACAGGUGGCAGACAAAGACAGACCGCUAACUGUAUUGCCAUUGUAUCCGAGAGGAGGAAGGACAUUUUAAAACCUAUGACAUAAUUUUUAUUAUAUAACCUGAUGUAAAUUGUACUAUGAUCAGUACUCUGGAAAAUAAACGCUAUUGAUUGAUUGA